AUCUUCCUUCCCUUCAUGCCCAAGCAUCACAGUACAACUAAAAAACUGAAAUAUAACUUUAUGUCCAUCCACGGCACCCGAAGCUUCAUACCUUCUAUCCUUUCCUCCAAUUCUAAUUCCAAUUCCAAAACCAAAUUCAACAGAAACAAGUUCUCACUAGUUUCUCCUUUAAAACAGCUAGAAAAAAGAAAUGAGGCCUAAAUCCCAUCCUUUCCUCAGCCUUAAGUUCCUCCUCCUUGGUGUCUUUAUCGCGUUCUUCCUCCUCUUUGUGCUAAGAUCAGGUUUCCCAACUUCCAACCAGAGCGAAUCUCUCACUUCACAAAAUGUCAUAACAAAUGUUUCAGAUGUUGCUGUUGUGAAGUGCUCAAGUUGCACCAAGAUCCCACCCACCCUAGCACAAGCGCUCAUCCACUACUCAACCUCAACCAUCACCCCACAACAAACACUCAAAGAGAUCUCAGUGACAGCAAGAGUUUUAGAAAAGAAAUCACCCUGCAACUUCUUAGUUUUUGGCCUAGGCCAUGACAGCCUUAUGUGGACUGCACUCAACUAUGGUGGGCGCACAAUUUUCAUAGAAGAAGACGAGGCAUGGAUACAGCAAAUCAGACGCAGGUUUCCCACACUGGAGUCAUAUCAUGUGACAUACGAUAGCAAGGUGAACCAGGCCAAUCAUCUCAUGGAGGUUGGCCAGGGACCUGAGUGCACAGCACUCGGUGAUCCUAGAUAUUCUAUGUGCCAACUUGCUUUGAAAGGUUUGCCUAGUGAAGUGUAUGAAACAAAAUGGGAUCUGAUAAUGGUUGAUGCACCAACAGGCUAUUAUGAGGAGGCACCUGGAAGAAUGACUGCCAUCUAUACAGCAGGGAUGAUGGCAAGGAAUAGGGAAGAUGGAGAAACAGAGGUGUUUGUGCAUGAUGUGAAUAGGGAGGUGGAGGAUAAGUUCUCCAAGGCAUUUCUCUGUUAUGGGUACCUUAAGAAACAAGUAGGCAGGUUAAGGCACUUCUGUAUUCCGAGUCACAGAGAUGACAUGGACAGGCCGUUUUGCCCUGAAUAAUUAUUCUUUCCCAUGUAUUGUUAUUACCUAUGCCAUCUUGGUCCUUUUUGGGACAUUUGUUUGAGGACAAAACGGAAGUCAUGUUUGCCGUGCAACUGGGACAAAUUCUGAAGAACCUCUUAGGCUGAUAUACACUUCUACUCUCCUUUUCUGGAUUCUUGCGUCCACUUUCAUUUUAUUGAAUUUUAUAAAUCUAUGGGAUUAUGAGAGAACAUUAGGAGUCGAUCAAUAAAUCAAAGUUCUACACGGAAAAAUUAACAAUCAAAGCCAAUUUCAACAACAGCCCAAGAGACCAAAAAAAAAAAAA